AUGUCCUGUGGAGCGAGUUGAUCACGGCAGUAAGGCAGAAACGGCGAGUGUUGAAUGUGUGAUUUCUCGCUGAAAAACAUGGGAACAUUUUCGACAUAAUUAUUUAGACAUAUCGGUUUUCUAAGGCGCAAAUAAAAUCAUGGUCGUGAAUUCAAUACAUUGGUUUCGGAAAGGACUGAGGCUCCAUGAUAAUCCGGCUUUACAAGAAGCGUUGAAUGGAGCGGAUACAGUGCGUUGUGUUUAUAUUUUAGAUCCGUGGUUUGCUGGAUCGGCCAACGUUGGAGUCAACAGAUGGAGAUUUCUAUUGGAGUCCCUGGAAGACCUGGACACAAGCCUCAGGAAACUAAAUUCAAGGCUUUUUGUCAUACGGGGUCAACCGGCCGAUGUGUUUCCUCGUCUGUUUAAGGAGUGGAACAUCACCCGCCUGACCUUCGAGUACGACUCCGAGCCGUACGGCAAGGAGCGGGAUGGCGCCAUCAUCAAAAUGGCGCAGGAGUUUGGAGUGGAGACGCGGGUGAAGAACUCGCACACGCUCUACAGCCUGGACAGGAUAAUCGAGCUGAACAACAACAGCCCCCCGCUGACCUUCAAGAGGUUCCAGGCCAUCGUUAACCGCCUGGAGCUGCCCCGGAAGCCCCUGCCCGCGGUCACGCGCCAGCAGAUGGACAGCUGCCCCGCCGACAUCUCCCCCAACCACGACGAGCGCUACGGCGUGCCGUCCCUCCAGGAGCUGGGUUUUAAGACGCAUGGGCUGAGCCCAGCCGUGUGGAAGGGGGGUGAGAGCGAGGCCCUGGGGAGGCUGAACAAGCACCUGGACCGCAAGACGUGGGUGGCUAAUUUCGAGCGGCCUCGGAUAAGCAUGUCCUCCCUGAUGGCCAGUCCCACCGGCCUGAGUCCCUACCUGCGUUUCGGCUGCCUGUCCUGUCGGGUCUUUUACUACAAGCUGCGUGAGCUCUACCACCAGGUCCGGAGGCACUGCACCCCCCCGCUCUCCCUGUUCGGACAGCUGCUCUGGCGGGAGUUCUUCUACACGGCCGCCACCAACAACCCCAACUUCGACCGCAUGGAGGGCAACCCCAUCUGCGUGCAGAUCCCCUGGGACCGUAACCCCGAGGCGCUGGCCAAGUGGGCCGAGGGCCAGACCGGCUUCCCCUGGAUCGACGCCAUCAUGACCCAGCUGCGGCAGGAGGGCUGGAUCCACCACCUGGCCCGGCACGCCGUGGCCUGCUUCCUCACCCGCGGGGACCUGUGGCUCAGCUGGGAGAGCGGCAUGAAGGUGUUCGAGGAGCUGCUGCUGGACGCAGACUACAGCGUGAACGCGGGCAGCUGGAUGUGGCUCUCCUGCAGCGCCUUCUUCCAGCAGUUCUUCCACUGCUACUGCCCCGUGGGCUUCGGCCGCCGCACCGACCCCAGCGGAGACUACAUCAGGAGGUACAUCCCAAAGCUGAAGGACUAUCCCAACCGGUACAUCUACGAGCCCUGGAACGCCCCGGAGAUGGUGCAGAAGGCAGCCAAUUGCGUGGUGGGCGUGGACUACCCCAAACCCAUGAUGAACCACGCCGAGGUCAGCCGGCUCAACAUCGAGAGGAUGAAACAGGUCUACCAGCAGCUCUCGCACUACAAGGGACUGAGUCUGCUGGCCUCGGUCCCCACCAUUCAGGAGGAGGCGGAGCCACCGAUGACGGACAGCUCCCACGGCCACAGCAGCGCCAGCGGUUCGAGUUGGGAAUGCCAGCGGAGGGAGGCCUCUCUGAGGAAGAGGGGGAUGGCGCCUGAGCCACACGGUGCGGAGAAAUGCAAGGGCUCUAAAAUCCCCCGCACCGGUCCCAUCCCGGCGACGGCCGGCAGUAAUGCAGAUGGUGAUCAGUGAGGAUGAGCUAAGAAACGGGUAACAGAAAAAAGAAAGAAGAGGAAACAGUCGAAGGCACCUGGCAUAACCCUUCCCUCCGUACAUCUGCAAGACAAGUGGAAAGGAAAUACCAUAGCAACCGUUUCGUUUUAAAAAUGCAAAACUAAACAAACCAAUCGACACGACGGCAAAAAAACGAAAGGCUAAACACCGGAAAUAAACUGUUGAACACAGUGCUGUAGUAGGCUAAAAUAGGCUUUGGCUUCAGUAUUUGUUAACCUACAGUUUUUCUGGUUAUUUGACGAAUUUCCCCAUUUCCUUGACACAUUAUUCGUCACAUAUUUUGUCGACUGCAUGGAAUUAUCCAUUUGGAUGCCAGCAUUCGGUGGCUUUCCAGAUAGCUGCAACAUAGGCUGGUGUAACAUUUUGGAAACACGUAAGAUUUUAUUAAUGAAAUACACAGUGGGCAAUGAAGUAUUCUGUUUUUAUCAAAAAGGUCAAAUUUACCAUUAUACACGUGACCAUACAAUACACUCGUGCUGUGUGGAGCAAACGAUAUAUAAUUUGCGACUUAUUUGUUCGACGUGUAUUCUGUAGCACAGCUUUAUGUACGCGUAUGUAAAACCAAAAAAAAAAAAAUGUAAUUUUAAUUUUUGGCUGUGCACUUUUGUUUUAAAGAAGAUAACUUUAAUUUGAGGUUUUAAAAGAAAUGGGCCUAUAGGGUGUUUUUUAAUGGAUUUUAUUUAAAUGAGGAAAUUAGCAAAAAUGUAGUUUUCAGAAUAAAGGCAACCCAGGGGCAGUCGGGUGGAAAACUAUGUGAUUGUGCUAAUUUGGCCUUCAUAAUGUGCAGCCAGUCACCAAUCCUCGAGCUAAAACCACUAUAAAUGGCUUCUUUGAGGGGGAAGUCCAAUCUGUAGAGUGGGAAACUAGAGCAGAAUUUUCUGAUGAUUCUGACUGGCAUUUAGGAGCUUAUCAUUGCUAUUUCUCUUUCGGGGUAGCUCUAAAGAGAUGGCGUCACCAAAACCUAAAAGAUAUUCCUGUUCCUCCUCUUAGUUUAAGGCUUAAGAUAAGUUUGUGUUGAAAAAUUGGGAAUUCUCACAUUUCCCAAAUGAGCAUUUGUGUCAUACCUUUUCUGAAAUAUUUCUGAUUUCUUGUUAAUUCGGAUGAAACUGGGUGAUGAAAUCUGCCUCAAUUCGUUUUUCAAUUUUCUGGCAAGUUGGUUGGUUAUACCAUGUUGCACACAAAAGCACAUUCAAAUGGUAAAUUUCUUUGUGACCACAAUGUCAACCAUGUGCUGUGGAAGGAGGACAUAUUCAAGUGCUGGAGGGAGAUUGAGAGCCGGUGCAUCUGAUCUGCUCAUGCUUGUGAAAACCAGAUUGGGGUAGAUUCCAUGAAAAUUUCAGGAAAUUAACUGAAAGUUCCCAUGGAUUUUUCCAUUAACAAAGCACGUUUCAUUUCAUUUCUUGAAUGGUUGUUGAAUCGACUUCAAACUAGCGCAAAUAUCAAACUAGCGCAAAUAAUCGGCUAUUUUGUGAAAGAACAGUGGUGUAGAAAUGCAAACGGGAAUAUACUGUGGAAGAGAAAAGUGCAGAAUUUGGCAGAGGUUUACUUUUGCUAAUUGGUUUGCUUGUGGGUGGGCCAAACCUGUUCAGAACAUACCACUGCGAUCCACAAACUUGUCUUCCACGUUUAGUUUUAUGUACGAAAAAGAAAAACCUUUAACCCUGUAUGUGUGGGCAGUGUUGCAGUAUAUGAAGUCAGUUCAGUACCGCGAACUGCAAAAUUUAAUACAAACGUCUCUUUCAACACUACUUUUGUAGGAGCCGUAUGAAUGAGUGAUGUGCUUUCUUUUCCUAUUGGUAUUUUGGUGUUUAGUGUUUGAGUGGAUCGCUACAAUGGCCGCAAUCUCAAUCCCUGAACUGACAAUAUUAAAUUUGCGUCCCAAAAAUGGCUAGCCUACGAUGGUCCACACAGGAAAGUAAUAGAUCACCAUUGCUUAAAUAGAUUAUUUUUAAAUGCAUUGUUUAUUAUCCUGUGUAAUGCUUAAUAUAUCGGUUUUGCUCUAUAGGAACUACAGUAGGACCUCAGAACUGAACGCGUCAGGAAUGAACAUCAUUUAAAACACUGACAUUUUCAGAACUCUGAAAGUGAUGUCGAAAUGCACAAAUUUGAGGAAAUUAAAUAUUUCCGUUGCAUUCAACUUGUAAAAUGGCCUAAUCCGUACAGUGACAUUGGCAAAGCAACAGGCUUUUGCACUCUUGUGGACUCCUGCGUUGGCUGUAGCCAUCUGUGCAAAGUUCUUAAAAGAUUUAAAAUGAUCCGGCUGCUUCUCGGUCCUUGCUGGCUGUGCUUUAGCAACAGCCAUUCUGUUCACUCCCUCGUCUACUUUUGAUAUGACUUCAAUUAAUUAUGUUCAUAAUUAUGCGUUUUGCAGUUGUCAUUUUGUAUUGGUGUUCUACCUAUCCCAUGCCCUGUUCAGUUGACCAGACUUUUAGCUUUUUUGAGUUCAUAUCUCUUGAGGUUCUACUGUAACAAAAGUGCACAGCCAAAAAAAACAAAAACAAAUAAAAAACAACUGUUCAUAGCUUCCAUAUUCAAUUAAAAGCAAGGCUUAUUUUUUUUGUUGACAAUGCACAUUCCAAGCAAAAAAACUAAAACAAACAAACAAAAAAAACUUUCACUAUAAUUUAAGUGUUCUUAAGCUAUGUUGAAUAGUUAUUUAUUUUUUGUAUUGUACAAAAGAGAUUAUUUUCAUUAUGACUCUAAUGGUGUUGUGAGCUGCUCUUUUCAAAAGCCAAAAGUACAUGAGGCUAGCUGUAACUUGAAGAUUAAGGCGAACAGGUCAUAUAGAAGGCAUAUAGAGUACACACAACGGCUUGUGUGAGACUUUGGCCGAGAUACGUUUUCUCAGUCACUACAAUAUCAGUAAGUAAUAGUAAUAACUGCUAAUAGCAGGUUUUCCAGAAUCUUCUAGUCUCUUCUGAAAGACUACUUUAGGCCUGAAGUGUGCAUUUUCUUUUUUCUUUUUUUUGUUCAAAUUUUUUUUUUUUUUCUCACGUGCUGUAGAAGGAUUGGUACAGUUUGGAAAACGAUCUCAAUAAUACUUUACACCAAGCAGGACUGGACUUGACCAUGUUCUCUGGCUGUUCACUCUGAAACCUCCAUAUCGGCAUGCAGAAUUGAAAAUGAAGGGCUUCAUAUUUUCGGUGACUGCCCAUUGCUUUUCUGUCCUCUUAGACAUUUUGCAAUCAAAAAAACCAGAAGAUCAGAUGAGAUUAAUCUCUUCCAGUUGAAUCUGUCCCUGCCCUGGAUGAACAAACCUUGUCAGUUGGCCAGGUUUUAACAUAAGGCCAGGUUACGUCCUAUUGUAAUGUUAGUUAUUAACUUGCAGGCAAACGCCUGUGGUCGGAUGGGUUGAACCUGGGUUGAUCUCAAUGGCCUCCGAUUGCAGAGAAUUGACAACAGCUCAUUGAGUUGAUAUACAUUUCAUGUAAUGUAUAGUAAAAUUUACAUUAAUAUUGAGUGAUAGUUUUGGUUGUUUGCCAUCCAUUUCUUAUAGGAGCACAUCACACUUUGACCUGGUGAAUGCCACUUUGUAGCAGCAGGACCCACAUUUAAGUAUAGGUGCCUUAUGAACAAGCAGCCCAACUGUAUAGGUUUGUUCAUCAUUGAGGUCUUAGACCUUUCCAAGCAAAGCUUGGGCAUAUAUACACGCAUCUGUAAUAUUAAAAUAGUAUUGCAUGAACGUCUUCAGAAUUGUUUUCCGGAAACAAUGCUGGCUACUAUUACUGAGAUUGCUCUUAUUUAAUACUUUAGAGUUUUAUCAGUAGCUUUGGGAUAGUGCGUGUGUGUGUGUGUGCGUGCGUGCAUGAGUGAAUGUGAGCCCAUUUCGGUACGCCUGCUUCAAAUUGCCAUGGGGCUUUCCCGAAAUGAGACGCGACAAAUGAAAAGCAAAUUGAUUUCUAACAAAGUUUACAGCUAAUUAUCCAACUAAAUAAUUCACACUAAGGUCCCCGAAAGGAUGCUUCCAUGUAUAUCUGCUUUGUUUUCCAGACUUUGCAAGGUGUUGUACAUGGCAGACAUUUUGUGCACCAUACUAGGAAGAUGAGUGUGUUUCCCAACUUUUGCUUUUGAAUUUUUUGGGAAUUCAGCCUUUUUUUUGGUAAUGUGGACAAAAAUAUAGAAUUUACAGCAUUGUGACCCUUUUCGAUGCUGGUCUCCCGGCCUCAAGACUUCAGGUGUAGUAGUGAUCAUAGCAUCUGGCAGUAAGUAGGAAUAUGGAAUAUGGACUGCUAAAAAUAUUGGACUCCAACAGUCGAGUGAUUGGUAUAAUAAAAUAAUCAAUUUUGUGUGAAUGAAUGAAGUCCCACCCAAAACUGUUUUCAAUAGAAGUCGUUCAGGACUUCUGUACCAAACAUUGACAGAGGCUUUGACUUUUUAAAUUAUUUUUUUUUCUUCUUCUCCAUAUUCAUUUUAUAAACUUGUGAAAUGGAUGUACUCUUGUGUUUUGUUUUUACGCAAUUUGUAAAGUGUAAAAUAGUGUUUUUUCCUAAUUAAAUGCAGCUUAUGUAAGUAA